AUGAAAUAUUUCGUUGCUAUCGUUUUUGCCGCUUUGGCCAUCGCUUUUGUUUCUGCCGAAGGUGGUACUCCUACAAAGUUUACCACAAAAUUUGACGAUGUUAACUUGGAUGAAAUUUUGAAAAGCGACAGAUUGUUGCAAAACUAUUUCGAUUGUUUGAUGGACACCAAACCAUGCACUCCAGGUGGAACCGAAUUGAAAAACGCUCUCCCAGUUGCUUUGAGAGAAGAAUGUGCCGGAUGCAGUGAAAAACAAAAAGCCGGAGCUGAAACUGUUAUCCGUUUUCUUGCCACCAACAAACCAGACCUCUGGAAAGCAUUGCAAGACAAAUACGACCCAGACCGCGUCUACAGAAAGAAGCAUGCUGAAUUUGCCGCUCAAAAAGGAAUCACCGUUUAA